CCAUCAAAGGCAGCUCACGUCGGCGAAAUUAAGUACAGAAAAAGAAAGAAGAAAGAAAGCUCCUCGCUUUGUACUUUGUACCCUCUUCCUCUUUGAAAGCAAGCCACAGACAAUAUCUUAUAAUUUUGAUUCUCUAUCUUUCCUUCCAACCACCUUCCAAAUGCCCAAUUGCACGCUCCACCUUCGCUAUUCUUUAAUUCAAAUCACAACUAAGCGCUCCCCCAACUCUACCCACUCAAUCCUAUCUUUGUAUAAAAUCCUUCUCACUCCCUCAAGAACCCAAUCCAAUCUUUCUAAGGAGGCUAGAGUUGAUCAAAACUACUAAUGGGUUCAUCUCCAAUUCCAAUUUCUCCCAGAAGGCUUCGCUCUGAUCUCUAUUCCUUCUCAUACCAGGAUGAUUCAAACACCACCCCUUUAGUGAUUUCAGUUCUUGCCUCCCUCCUUGAGAGAACUUUGGCAAGAAAUGAAAGGAUUACAAGAAACUGUACAUGGGCAUUGUCUAAAGAUGCUCGAGCUCGUGUUUUUGAUUGCAAUGAAGUCCCAGACAUGACAAUUCAAUCCUUUCUCGAGAGAAUUUUCCGGUAUACUCGUGCCGGACCUCCGGUGUAUGUUGUUGCAUAUGUCUAUAUUGAUCGUUUAUGCCAAUUCCUCCCUGAGUUCAGAAUCACUUACAGCAAUGUCCAUAGGCUUCUUAUUACUACUAUUAUGGUGGCCUCAAAGUUUGUGGAAGACAUGAAUUAUAGGAAUUCUUAUUUUGCAAAGGUUGGAGGAUUAACGACGAUUGUUAUGAACAAAUUAGAGAUUGACUUUCUAUUCUUGAUGGGUUUUAAGUUACAUGUCAAUGUGAGUGUGUUUGAGAGUUAUUGUUGCCAUUUAGAGAGAGAAGUGAGCUUAGGAGGAGGAUACCAAAUAGAGAGAACUCUAAGGUUUAUGUGUGGUGGAGAAAUCAAAUCUAAGAAAAGAGAAGAAAAUGACUUCAAUCAGCUUGCUCGUGUGGUUGGAUGCAGUUCACAUUAGAAUGUCCUUUCCCUGUUUGUAUAUAUUCCUCAUAGAGUUUUGCUUCCUUAGCCUGAGAGCUUCUGUAGUACUAGUAGCUCUUUAUGUCCAUAUAUGUGAUUUGUUUUCCAGAACUUAACUGUAAAAUGUAAGCAGAACUGUUAGUAUCCAUUAAAGGAUAUUGCAAGGAAAUGGGUACUUAUGUGAA